AUGGCAACACAAGCGCAAGUCUUAGCGGCCUUUGCCAAGGAGCCCAUCGAAGAUGCUCUCACAACUCUCACAACCUGCACCGAUCCCCCAACGGACCGCCAACUAGCCGAAGUCGCGGUCGAAAACUCACGCGUCGAUCUCAUAGAGCACCUUCUAGGCAAAGGGAACCCCACAUGGCUCUUCAACCGAAAAGACAUUGUUCGAAAGCAAUCGAAACCGAUGAUCGAGGCGCUAAUAAGGGGCGGCUGGGACAUCACCGAAAACUUGGGCGGCUACUGUGGUUGCCCACUUGCGCUUGCGAUAUUCCACCGCGCCCCAGUAUCUUUCCUCGCCUGGCUGCUCGCGCGCGGCGCCGACCCCAAUGGCGAGCCCGCUCUGGUGGACCAUCACGGCUACCCUCUGCGUUUGGCUGCGAUGCUGGACGACACUCCGCCCGAAACGAGGAAGCUGUUGCUCGACUACGGUGCCGAUGUUAACUUUUCAAAAGCCCUUCACCAGGCCGUGAGGAUUGGCCAUUUCGACUUCGCCAGACUGCUUGUCGAAGAGUACGGGGCAGAUGUCAAUGCCGACGAUUUCGAUCCGGACUGGAUCUGCCCUAAUUCAACCUGGGAAAAUGGUCAAGGCAGACCGUUACAUUAUGCAGCGAGGAAUGGAGAUUUUCAUCUUGUUACGUACCUGCUAGAGAAGGGUGCCAGUAUCGAUCCAGAAGAUCCUAAUGGUUAUACGCCUAGAAUGUUAGCAGAGCUUGCAGGGCAUAGUGAGGUACGGACUUUACUGGCUCAGCGGGAAGCGGGAAGCGGGAAGCAUUAA